AUGCAUGCAGGCACCAGUGCCAUCGAGCAUCUCCUUGCCCAGCCCAACCCCACCAACCAAGGCCUGGCUGUCUCCCUCCCCACCCUCGUCGUCCAGUACCCCUCCCCUCAGCACGAGCAUGGCUCGUGCGCCAGUGCCAUUGACCCGUUUUCCCAUGCCCCGUCUCACCCCGUCACCCCUCCCUUUGUAUCCUUCCCCCUAUCCCUCCUGGGCCUCCCCCCCCUGCAGUUUACGCGCAUCUGGCCCCCGGUCUACGCGCCUCUGGCCCCCGGCUACCCGUCAGCAGUGGCAGCCAUGAGGGCAGGCAACAGUGCCAUCGAACACCUUCUGGCUGAUGCCAACCCCGCCAACCAGGGCCUGGCCCUCUCCCUCCCCACGCUCGUCGUGGGCGGCGGCUACCCUGGGGACUGCGCCCCUGCCGCCUCCAACUACCGCUGGUUCUUUAAAGAGGCUGGUAACCCCAGCUGGGAGGUUGUGCUGCGAGACGCGGGGCAUUUCCAGUUUUUAGACUCGCCGCCGGUGAUCCAGGCGGCUGUGUGUGGGCUGGGGCCGGCGAGGGAUGAGGAUGUGAGGCGGGCUACGAGGGCUUGUAUUGCUGCGUGGGGCCAUGCGACUGUGCCCAGGCAGAGGGGGAAGGGGGUGGGUGGGGGUGGGAGAGGGGCGGUGCCGCAGCAGGGAGGGGGAGAUGGGGGAGUGGGAGCGGAGGAGGAGGGUUGCAUCAGCAUUGGUGGGAGGUGCAGUGGCAGUGGUAGCAGUGGGACGAGCGGGACCAGUGAAGAUACGAGCGGGACCAGUGACGAUAUGGAUGCCGCUGCAGCUGAUAGUUGGAGAGCGGGUGCAGCAAGGGAAAAGGGGCUGGCACAGGCUCCUGCUCCUGCUUUGACCCCGUUGACUGCGGGGGACAACUUGGAGGCCCCUGUGUCAGAUAGGAAGGAUGAGCUGGAGGCCAUGAUGGUUUCAGUUGCUGCUGAGCUGGCAGUGCUUGGAGGGACUAAGUUCACUUCAAGACUGAAACUAUGA